AUGGCUCCCCGAAAGAUCAUCAUCGACACCGAUCCCGGUGUCGACGACAUCAUGGCUUUGCUGCUCGCCCUCAGCGCCUCGCCGGAAGAGCUCGAGGUGGCCAUGGUCUCCGUCACGUACGGCAACGUUCCCCUGCAGAGCUGUCUUCGAAAUGUCGUCGCCCUAUUCCACGUUCUGGAGAAGGAGCUUGCGUGGAGGAAGGAGACUGGCCGUUCCGAGGGCUACGGCUCGAUGGUGGCCUCCAAACCAAUCGUCGCCGUUGGCCCCGAGCAUUCCCUCGAGGAUGAGUGUCUCAUGGCCGACUAUUUCCACGGCGAAGAUGGGUUGCACGACGUCCACAAGGUGCACCCUCACCUCAGCCCCGCAGAUACGUGGAAGUCUCUCUUCAAGAACGAUGCGGACAGCUCCGUCGACCACACCACCUUUUCUCCCUAUUUCACUCCUUCCAAGGAGCCCGCCCACAUGGAGAUUUUGCGGAUUUUGAAAGAGAACCCAAUCGACACCGUCUCCGUCCUCGCCGUUGGACCCCUGACGAACAUUGCCCUCGCCGCCGCCGAGGACCCCGAAACGUUCCUUCGAGCCAAGGAGCUCGUCGUCAUGGGCGGCGCCGUCAAGGUCGAGGGCAACGUCACUCCUUGCGCCGAGUUCAACUGCUAUGCCGAUGCCGUCGCUGCCGCCCGAGUCUUCGCCCUGACCUCCAUUUCUCCGGCGUCCACGAUGCCUCCGAUUCCCGCCAAGCUGUCCACCCUUCCGACCUACCCGGACAGGCUUUCUCGUCAGCUGAGGCUCGUCCUCGCGCCCCUGGAUAUCACGACGCCCCACCUCAUUACCAAAAGUUACUUUGCCAAGCACAUUCAGCCGCACAUCGACGCCGGGAGCCCUCUUGCCGCCUGGACGUCGCAUUUCAUCAAGGGCGCCUUCAGCAAGAUUGAGACCAUGGAGGGCGACGGCAACGAGCCGGGCCUAUCCCUGCACGAUCCUCUGACGGUAUGGUACGUCUUGACACAGGACGAUCCCAAAUGGACCUUCCCAGCCAAGCCGGAGGAUAUCCGCGUCGAGACAUCCGGCCAAUGGACCCGGGGGAUGCACGUCAUCGACAAUCGCUUGAGGAGCAAGCCCGCCGAGGCCGCGGCAGCUGAAUCGUCUGACAUCCGAGACGACCCCAAGGUGAUGGCGCUCGACAACGUCCCCGGCGACACCAUGGCUUGGCUCAGCGUCCUCAAGGGGAACAGGGUCCACCGUCUCAUCUCGUCUCCAGGCGAGGAGGUGUUCAAAGACGUCUGGAUGCAGCGUGUUUUUGCAUGA